ACUUGGAGAGAGGUUUUUACGAGACCAAAUAAGUAAAUAAUUUAUUUUGUGGAAAUGGAAAAUGAGCGCGAAGCAAGAAAUGUAGAGGAACUUCUUCACAAAAACAAAGUUCUUAUUCCAGGUAUUCCAAAAAAUUGCCUAUUGAUGCAGGUCCGACGUGGUAGCACAAUUACGCUCCUUUUGAAAUAUGCCUUAAAUAAAUUCCCAGACUCGAAAAGUGUUAUUUGGACUGGAGUAGGAACAUCAGUUGGAAAGGCAAUAACUUGUGCAGAGAUUAUGAAAAAGGAAUACAAAAACUCGUUGCAUCAAAUUACUAAAAUAUGUUAUCAAAAAGUUGAUGAAUCCUGCCGGGAUCCACUUUCACUAGCACUAGAUGAGUCAAAUGUGAAAAGGAAGAUACCAAUGAUACUUAUCUAUUUGUCUUCAGAAAAAUUGAAGGAGCAGGAAUUAGGGUAUCAAGCUCCUGGAGAAGUAAAAAUAUAUAAAGGACCAAACAAAUCGAAUAUCCUGAAUAACCACAAUAGAAAUAGAAAUAAUAAACAAAAUAAAACCCUAAAAUAUGAUGAAAGGAAUGGAAAUAUGUGAAAAAUGAAUAAUUAUAAAUACAUUUAUUUAUGUUGAAUUAA